GAUAGGCGCGGAGUCGCCUCCCCAGCCGAAGCAGCAGCUGGAGAACGCGGCAAUGGCGGAUAUGGAAGAUCUCUUCGGCAGCGACGCCGACAGCGAUGCUGAGCGUAAAGAUUCUGAUUCUGGAUCGGACUCAGAUUCUGAUCAAGAGAAUGCUGCUUCUGGCAGUAAUGCCUCUGGAAGUGAAAGUGAUCAAGAUGAAAGGGGUGACGCAGGAAAACCAAGUAAUAAGGAACUGUUUGGAGACGACAGCGAGGAUGAGGGGGCUUCUCAUCAUAGUGGGAGUGAUAAUCAUUCUGAAAGAUCAGACAACAGGUCAGACAACAGGUCAGAGGCAUCUGAGCACUCUGACCGUGAAGACAAUGACCCCUCAGAUGUAGAUCAGCACAGUGGGUCAGAAGCCCAUAACGAUGAUGAAGAUGAAGGCCAUAGAUCAGAUGGAGGGAGCCAUCACUCCGAAGCAGAUGGUUCUGAAAAAGCUCAGUCAGAUGAUGAAAAAUGGGGCAGAGAAGAUAAAAGUGAUCAGUCAGAUGAUGAAAAGAUGCCAAAUUCUGAUGAUGAGGAGAGGGCACAGGGCUCUGAUGAAGAUAAGCUGCAGAAUUCUGAUGAUGAGGAGGAGAAAAUGCAGAACACAGAUGAUGAGGAGCAGCCACAGCUUUCAGAGGAUGAGAGACAACAGCUGUCAGAGGAGGAGAAGGCUAACUCUGAUGAUGAACAGCCAGCAGCUUCUGAUAAUGACGAUGAGAAACAGAAUUCUGAUGAUGAAGAACGUCCACAGAUAUCUGAUGAGGAGAAAAUACAAAAUUCUGAUGACGAAAGACCACAGGCCUCAGAUGAAGAAUGCAGGCGUUCAGAUGAUGAAGAGGAGCAGGACCGUAAAUCAGAAUCUGCAAGAGGCAGUGAUAGUGAAGAUGAAGUUUUACGAAUGAAACGCAAGAAUGCAAUUGAGUCUGAUUCCGAAGCGGAGAGUGAUGCUGAGAUGCCUAAAGAUAAUAGUGGAACUAUGGAUCUGUUUGGAGGUGCAGAUGAUAUCUCUUCAGGGAGUGAUGGGGAAGAUAAGCCACCUACUCCGGGACAGCCUAUUGAUGAAAACGGAUUACCUCAGGAUCAACAGGAGGAAGAGCCAAUUCCUGAGACCAGAAUAGAAGUAGAAAUACCCAAAGUAAACACGGAUUUAGGAAAUGACUUGUAUUUUGUUAAACUGCCCAACUUUCUCAGUGUAGAGCCCAGACCUUUUGAUCCUCAGUAUUAUGAAGAUGAAUUUGAAGAUGAAGAAAUGUUGGAUGAAGAAGGUAGAACUAGGUUAAAAUUAAAGGUAGAAAAUACCAUACGAUGGAGGAUACGCCGGGAUGAAGAGGGAAAUGAAAUUAAAGAGAGCAAUGCUCGGAUUGUCAAGUGGUCAGAUGGAAGCAUGUCACUGCAUUUAGGCAAUGAAGUGUUUGAUGUUUACAAAGCUCCGCUGCAAGGCGAUCACAAUCAUCUGUUUAUAAGACAAGGUACUGGUCUACAGGGACAGGCUGUCUUUAAAACCAAGCUCACCUUCAGACCUCAUUCUACAGACAGUGCUACCCAUAGAAAGAUGACUCUGUCACUUGCUGAUAGAUGCUCAAAAACACAGAAGAUCAGAAUCCUGCCAAUGGCUGGUCGUGAUCCUGAAUGCCAACGCACAGAGAUGAUUAAGAAAGAAGAAGAACGCUUGAGGGCUUCUAUCCGUAGGGAGUCUCAGCAGCGUCGCAUGCGGGAGAAACAGCACCAACGCGGACUGAGCGCUAGUUACCUAGAACCUGAUCGUUAUGACGAGGAGGAGGAAGGCGAGGAGUCGAUCAGCUUGGCCGCCAUUAAAAACAGAUACAAAGGGGGCAUACGAGAGGAACGAGCCAGAAUUUAUUCUUCAGACAGUGAUGAAGGUUCAGAAGAAGAUAAGGCUCAAAGAUUGCUCAAAGCCAAAAAACUCAACAGCGAUGAGGAAGGUGAACCUUCUGGAAAGAGAAAAGCCGAGGAUGAUGAUAAAGCAAACAAAAAGCAUAGGAAGUAUGUAAUCAGUGAUGAAGAGGAAGAAGAAGAUGACUGAAGUACAAAAUGUGAAAACAUUUUAUAUAUUUUAUUGUACAGUUUGUUAUAUAUAUAAUGUAAACAUGAGUUAUUUUGACCAAAAUGAAUUGAUUUGCUUUUGUGUCAUUUUAAUUGUAAUAAAAAUUUUUAAAA